UAGUCAAACUCACGUCAACUGUCGCUUUUGUUUAUUAUAUAUUUCAUCGGUCGACGUUACAAGGUAUACAUGACAUAAUAGACUCACCGACGCCAGCAGCCAACAGUCAUUAAUAAUCGACCAAACAUCCUUCUUCCUGUAAAUCCAAAACUUGUCUCAUUUUCGUCUCAUAAUGGAUGACGAUGCAACUGAUAACAGCGGCGCCACCCUCAGCUCAGGCGAAUCGAGCCCCAGGACGAUGGUCUGCCUGGAGGUGUUCAAAGUGGACGAUUAUCCGACUCAGUUGGAGCUGCGAAACAGCCCGGAUCACGACGUUUUCUUUCAAUUCGACGAUCGAAGCAUUCCCUGCCACAGGCGCGUCCUGCAGAAAUGCAGCGACUUUUUCGACAAACUUUUCAAGACGUUCAGCGGCGCGACUCACAUUGACGUCGUGGGCAUCAAUUACGAGCUCAUGAAGUCGCUGUGUAAUCUGCUUUACUUCGGCUACGUCAUCGUCGAACCGCAGUACUCGUACGAGCUGGUGAAAAUGCUCGACCUCUUUCAAGUGAAGAAGCGGCUCGAAGCAAGGGUUUUCGAGAAAAAGUUGACUUCUCGGGAGACGUACGAGUACGAGGGAAAAGAUUACGAGGCGAAAGAGGCGAUCUUCGUCAUUGUACGAGUGCGCGGGGAGGCGGACGAAUUACACUUCGUUGACUCGCGCAACGGAUUGCACUCGAAACCGCUGAUUCUGUUUCCUCCCGAUGUGGCGGAGCGCAAACGAAUGGCGGAAAGGACGAAAAAAAAUAAUUUAAGACUUUUACAGAUGCGAGAGGCUCAGAGCAUCAAAAAGAAAGUCCGUACCGUGAAAAGAGCCCCGACUAAAUUCGUAGAGCCAGGUCAAUUCGCGGGGUUUGAAAAAGGGGAUUCGACGUCGUCGAACGUCACGAAUCGGAGUGAAGGAAGGUUGAUUUUUUUGAAGAAAGUGAAAGUUGAACCUGUAGCGUCCGAAAAAGAGGAUUCGAGUACGCGGGAAUCCGAAAACGAAUCAUCUGUGUUGAACGUCGCGAAUCAGAGUGAAAAAAGCACGACUGUUGUGAAGAAAGAGGUAGUUCCUUUGGAUGAUGUCUGUGAAAUCAAUGAUAAUGAGACGCGGACAGUGAUAGAAAAUGAUUCGUAGCUAAAAGAUGGAUAAAUUCACAUCAAGUUCAUAUUAUCAUAAAGAUGAAGCAAUAGAGAUGGAAAGUUGGGAUUAAGAUUUACAUACUUUUAAGUAAUUGAAAAAAGAAUGAAGAUAGUUGGGAUCGAAAUCAGUAUGAUAAGAAUCUGCAGGUAGUAUCCUACUACUGACGAUUGUUGGAAGGGUGAAGUAAAUUUGUAUUAGAUGAAUCGAUGAAACUACUUGUAGAAAGUAAAAAUCAAGUAAUUUUCAUAAGAAUAUUUAAUUCGUCAAAAUAAUAAAAAUAAUAGAGAAGUCAAUUGAAUUGAAGUGAAUCGAAACAUCAGAAAUAUUUUGAAAUAUUUUUUCAUCAAUAUGUUUCUUUGAAAACAAUAUCAUGUAAUUUUAACUGAAAAUUUAUAGGUGAAUACUUAUGUAUUAUUACAUAAUUUUGUAUUAUAAUCACUGAAUAAUAUGUUUUAUAUUUAA